UGCAGCACUGCAUUCGAUUUUUUGCAUUUCUUGGCAUUUUCUGCACACUUAGUCAAGUGUUUGUGUCGGCACAAUAUUUUGAAUAUAAGGAAAGGAAAUGGUAUGCCUUUAAUGGAACCCUUUAUCAGCUUCAAGUGGAGUCAGGGUAUAAAUGGAAGGAAGCCAUGGAAACGUGCCGUAAGGAGGGUCUACAUUUGAUUAGAGCCGACCCCGAAUUUCAUCCCGAUGAAAUGAAAAUGAUGUUACAGGAAAGAGUUCGCGUUUACUCUCCAUUUUGGAUUGAAAAUAAUGUCACAAAAUCAUCUGUGGCCAAUGCAUUUGGCUUUAAAACUGCAAAAGGCCAAAAGCUGUGCAAUAAACUGGACAAUAUAACUUUUGCCAUCCAGACGACAUCCUGUGAUGAUCAUUUGGGCUUUAUUUGUGAGAAAGCGCUCUCCAAAGGCAGAUUAAGCCAUCAAAUUAACAAUACGGAAUAUUUUAUUGAACCACAGGCUAAGUAUUCCUGCAGCGAGGCUGAAGAGCAAUGUCGGUUGAAAAAGAUGACCCUGGUGGUGAGACAACCCUACAGUAAUAAUACAAAAUUACAGGAAUUUGUUUUCCUAAAUUUCGGUAACACACCCUCAUUUUGGUUUAAAACCGCCAAUACCAGUGGCGCUUGUAUACCGCUGGAUUUUAUGAAACGUUCUGAAGACACGGACAAGCAUGGAUUUAUUUGUGAGAAACCAGUUGUCAAGCGCAAGAUGACGGAACGUCAUUGGGUACUGAUCGCCAGUACAUCGACUGUGGUUGUCAUAGCCAUAAUUGUUUUAGUUGUCUAUAAAACGUGUACGGUCUGGAGAGCAAAGUGGAAUAUGGAAGGGAAAUAAUCUUGAAAAAUAGUUAAUAUUUUAAUAAAUAAAUAAAAAUA